AUGGCUGGGACCCUGCUGCCCGGUGCAGCCAUGGUGGUGACAUCGCAGCCCUGCCUGGCACUGCCCAGUGUCAUCUUCCAGCACCACGUCCUGCUGCUGGGGCUGGCAGAGGACACCGAUGACUAUGUAUGCUGCUUCUUCCCUGGCUGUGAGGAGCCUGUGGCAGCUGUCGCACGGCACCUAAAGGCCCCCCUGGGCCUGGCUGGGCUGUGCUUCGUGCCCCUCUAUUGCCACAUGCUCUGCUCCGUGCUGGACCGCUGGUGGCAGGAUGCACUGCCCGUACCUGCGCCCACCACAGUCACCGAGGUCUAUGCCGCCUAUGUGGCCGCACUGCUGGGGCCCCAGCCGGCGCCACAGCUCUGGGCGCAGCUGCUUGCGCUGGCGGGCCGCAUCUUGUUCGCCAAGGCUGAGCUCCGUGGUGUCCCAGGGAGCUCGCCACUGCGGUGCCUCCUGGCCCCCAAGGACAAUGGUGCGGUUGAGUUCUUUCACCCCACAGUGCAGGAGUUCGUGGCUGCCGUCUUCGCCAUCGCCACGCUGUGA